AUGAAUUUCGUCAAAAGCAGCGUGUACCAGCAGGAAAUCACAGCGGAGGGGGUGAAAGAAAAGGAAAUUGUGACUCGGAGCAAGGAGGAAAUUGCUCUUGAGGAGCGACUGAAGAACCUCCCAGAAUUUCAGCGCCAGAAUCACUUCCUCAGCUUCGCCGAAGUUCGAUACGAUGACCCCAGCUACGCAGAGAAGAAGGAGGGCGUCAAUACAGACGCGCCUGCAGCCGUCACGGAGGAAGAGUUUGAGUACUACGAGGCGUUGGCGGCACAGGAGCGCCGGCGGCAGCAGCAGAGACAGCGCGAAGAAAAAGACAUGCAGAAUGAGUUUUUGAAGGCAAAGAAGGAGAUGGAGGAGCAGAGAAGACAGGCACUCAAUGCGGGGGGAUUGCCUCACGGAUUGUCGCUCGCGUCGUCGUCGCCGGCGGGCGGCAGUCGCGCUCGCCUCUAUUCUUCCGCGACAGGGGGAGCAGAGCACGGCUCUCCAAGCCCCGAUAAUGGCGCCGCAGGCCUCUACGGGAAUCGAACCGCGACGCCGCAGGCGAAGGACCAGCCGUCCGGCAUGGGCGCGCGGAUCUUUGACCUCACUUCGAAGCGAAAACGCGUCGCAACUGCGGACAGGAAACGAGCGAAUCCGCUCUCAUCCGAGGCAAGUGGAAAGUAUCGAUCUGCGUAUGUUUCUCAUAUGUAUAUCUUCCCAUGUAUAUGUCGUAUUAUAUAUAUACAUAUCGUACUAUAA